GACAUGGGCCUUCUCGGCUUGGGCGGCGGCGAUAGCGAUAGCGAGAACGGCGGGCCGCCAGCAGGCGGCGAGGGUGCUGCUCAAGCGGAUGGCAGCAGCAACGAGAGCGACUACUCGAUAGACGAACACGACUGCCUCGGGUGCGACGUGACCUCUAGGAAGAUGUGCCCAAUCUCGGUCCUUCGCCAAGCCCCGAAGCUCGUGAAGUGGGCCCGGUACCGCAAGAAGCCGUUCCAGAACAAGAAGACUGGAGUCAUCAGGAAGAGGAAAGCCCCCUCGGGCAGGUGGUGCGGGAACUGCUUCAACUUCUGGAGGUCCAAUUUCAAGAAGGAGGUGCCGAACCUCGAGGACUUCGAGGACAUCACGCGCGAGAAACCCCACUUGAAGGCCAAGUGGAAGAAGAUGAAUGGCAACUACAUCAGGGUAAAGGGAGGCGGGAAGUCAAGGGUUCGGAAUGGAAAGCCUAAGCGGGUGAGUAAGAGGACCUCGGUGAGAGAUCAGCUCGUCGACGGUGGCGUAUACUUCUAUACACCAUCCGCGUGCAAAAGAAAAUUCGGAUGCCCCAAAGAGAACAAAGCUAAGCCGCACACGGUCAAGAAGAAGGACGGCACCUUGCUACAUGGGUAUGCCGUGAGGCACGGCGAGGAAGGAGUGUUCCAGUUGAACAGCAUCGUGGAGAACGAGACCGUGCUGGAGGAGAGCUUGCUCAACCAGGAGGAGCAGCUCCACGAGGAGCACGCGGAGGAAGUCUUCGCUGAUGCUCAGGCAACUGGGACUGUUCGGAAUCUCUGCCAGCCAGAGCUGAACCAACUGGUUGUGAUAAAGGUCAGAGACAUGUCGGACAAUCCCCAGGAAGCGGCGGCGGCAUCCGGCCCCACCGUCCAGCUUGAGAAGGACGUGAUCGAGAUGGGUCGCCUGGCGGAUCUGCGGAAGCGGGCCGCUGACCAGUCGGCGGCCCUCGAGCAGUCGCAAGCUUCGAGCGAGUCGGACGAUGGCAAAGAUGACAAGGACGGGGAGGAGUCCGAGGAUGGCAGCGUCUCGGCGUCCAACUCGGACUCGGAUGCUUGUUCUGGCGCCCGGCCGCUGGUCAAGAACCCUGGCACCAAGAAGGCGGCCGCUGCUCAACCGCCUGCGAAGAAAUCCAAGACUUCGGCUGCGACUGCUUCGACGGCGGCGUCUACGCCAAAGACCGGCCGCAAGAGCGUUGGUGGCAGUAGCGCUGCGGGCAGCGUUCGCUCUGGCUCUGCGCCGCCGAAGGACGACAAGAUUGCUGCCCACGCGAAGGAGCUCCUCCAUCCCUUGGAGGUUGCUUACGUGGACUUCAUUGCAGGCAAGUGGGCGGCCUACAAUCCCCGACCGCUGUCGCAGAUGCUGAAGGACAUCGUCGUGGCCAUCGACGCGGCCAACCGGUUCCUCAAGGCGAAGGGCUCGAAACAAGUCGGGGCAGACGCAGAGAUCGAGAAGCUGCAGAAGCACGUGGAGGCGAUGACGGCCAUCAGCGGCUUCAAAAAGUAUUGGACCAAAUUCCAGGGCCUCGAUGCCGCGACGGCUUACCAGCAGCAAGACGCGGCCAAGGCGAAGCUGAUCGCAGGGGCGGCCAUGCCACCCUGCAUCACGAAGAUCGUGAUCGACAAGAAGGUGAAGGAAACCGAGGACCUGGAGGGGCAGCUGGGACUGAUCGAGGACACGAAUACCGUUGGCGGCAUCGGCAUGCUCCCGGCAGAGGAGCAGGCAGGGCAUGCGCAGGCGCUUUUGCUGAAGGUGAUGAGCAGCUUCCUGGACUCCAUGAAGACCAUCAACGAUUACGACGAGGGCGAGGCGAAGUUCAAGGGCCUGGUCACGGCAGUGCUGAACCGGACUUCCUUACCGAAACCAGCUGUGGACGACAUGAAGGCCAUCAGCGUGUACUUCAUUUGGAAGGACAAGGCUGUGGACUCGUCGAACGUCGCGCCCAUGAAGUCCGGAGUGCAGGCAGCCGUCGCCCGCCUGACGCAAAAGAAAGACUCUUCUUGCUACUUGGCCCUGCUCAAGCGCAAGAAGCCUGCGCCCUACGAGAUGGCCGUGAAGGGCCUGACCGACAUGAUGAAAACAGUGCAGCAGAUGGAGCAGAAAUCGCAGGCAACGGCGGGCAUCCUGAAAGCUAUCAACAAAGCGACGAGCACGUUGCCUUCGAUUGAUCAGAAAUCCAUAGAGCAGCAUAUCGAGAAGUUCAUUGCUUGUGUCAGCGAGUGCAAGAAGGUCAACUGGAAGGAGACGAACAGCGACGAGGUGGCAGAGGCAAUGGUAACUUUCAUGGAUCGUAUCGCAGCUUCUAUCAUGUUCCAGGUGCCCAGCAACGUGGCCACCGCUGACGAGGAUACGCAGAUUGCCGUGGUCAAGUGGGUAGGGACACAGGCCCGCUUGCUGACAACCUACACUCAGAUGCUGCACGGAAACAUGCCCGAGGCGAAGCCCCUUGACGAGAUCCCCGGCCGCAACCAGGCGCUGCAGAGCUGGUGCGGCUUGCUGGAGUACCUGAAGUGGUUCAAUGUCGAUGCUGUCCUAGGUGCAGACCUGCCAGUCGACAAGCUCAACAUUGCCUUGAGCAAAAUGUCGAACCAUGAUAUCAAGGGCCUGGCUCAGGCCACCAAUUCUAUAGGCGUGCAGGGGAACGUACCAUACCCGAUCGACCUGCUGGACAUCAUCAAGUUGACGAUCGAAGUCGACCGUGAAGCUCUGACAUUCCUUACCACGAUGAACGCGCUGGGGGAGUUUCACAAGAUCCUGCCUGCGCCCCUCUGCAGCGUGAUGAAGGCUCUGAUCGACAUCCAGUCCAACAAUGACGGCGACGAGCAGGAUCCAAUUACGAUCGAGGACCACGAGCUUCUGAAUAUCAGUUUGAACUUUGCAGGUCAUGUGGAUAUUCCAGAGGAGCUGGUGACCCGCGUGACUGCCGAUGAUGUGCACACGGUGCUGGGGAAGCUGGACAUGAAGGUUGGCGUCGCCAUAGUUUUCAACGAGCUGAAGGAUAAGUUCAGCCUCUCCGAGGGUGCCGAGGCGUCUAUCCCGAGUGGCGACAAGAGCAAGCGCGUCCCGUUCCUGAUGAAGCUGUUGCCGGCUCUUCGGGCCGUGAUUGCCUUGGACGGCUACGGCGAGGUUUCAGGGCUCAACGCGGUAGCAGUUGCAGAGCCGAGCCUAGCGCAAGUGGGCCUGCAGGGCAACGACCAGAACAACCUCUUCAAAAACUACAACGAGAAGGAGCGCGACCUGACGGACCUGCAGGUCUGGAUGGAGAGCGCGAGCUCGGAUGUCCUGUCAGAUGCUGUCCGCGCGAACUUGAGCAAGACCUUCAAAAGCUGGGAUGAUGCCAAGAGGACUAAGAUGUACAACGCGCUCGAAGCCAUUGCGAAUAAGAUCGAGGCUGUAGGCAAGUCGAUUGGACCGAAUUUAAUCGACACUAAAUCCGCCACGAAGAAUUUCGAGCCCGAGCAGAUGCAGAUCGUGAAAGAGAUGCCCGGGCGGCAAAGUCUGAUCAAUGCUGUCAAGACGAUGGGUGAGACCUUGACCACGUGGAGGCUGCUGGCCUCGCCCGUUGGAGGGAAUUUCUCCGUGGGGGAGAAGUCUGCAUCCAAGCUGGAGGAGAAGAUCCAAGAGGCGAUCGUCCAGAGGGGAAAGGCCAAGUCGAUGAUCGCAGUCCGCAGCGCGUUCUGCAUCCUCCUUUCGAAGGAUGCCGCCCUCGUCUCGAACUACAUGGUGGAGAUGAGGAACGCCAAGACGACCAUACCCCAGAAGCUCAAGAAGCAGCUGGAGGCGCUCCAGCAGCAAGCUGGAGUGGAGCCCGCCCAGGACGACGCCGAGGGGACGAUGCAGCAGAGCAGGACCUGCUGGGCUGAGCAGUGGGAGGAGGAGAUCGUCGAAGCGAGCUCCUCACGAAAGAGGGCGGAGCGCCUCCUGGGCGGCUUUUCGCAGGUUCGCAUUUCCACGGCUUCGCUCCACGACCAGAUUGCACUUGCCGAGAUCUCCCGUGAUCAGGAGCUCAACGCCGCUGAGUUCGCCGACCAUCUCUUUGGGUCCGGCACGUACGAGACACUCGACCCGGUGCGCUCUUCGAUCCGCGAUGCUCUUGAGGUCGGCGCCACGGUUGCACGCAUUGCGCUCGGGGACGCCGGAGAGACGGCGGCUCUGCAGCGUCACUGCAGGCCCGGAUCCAUCGUUGAGCUGAAGCUCCAGCCCGUGAUCGCCGCCUGCGAGGCGCUUCGCGAGGCCAUGCUUUCGGUGUCCCGCGCAGCCGUCACCAAGGUGCAGACGGCGGCCUUGGCCGACGAGUCUUCUCCGCAGUACAAGGCGCUGCAGGACUCCGUUGUGUCGGCCCUCGGAUCGAAGAGGACCUUGGCGAUCUCCGACGGUGCUCCGGAGUACGCCCCGGGCGGCAAGAGGGUCGCACGUGUGCAGGUCGACCCGGAGACGGGCGCGGCCAAGCCGGCGCCGGCCCGCCGUGAGGACGCCGAGGACGAUAAGUAG